AUGUGCACUACCCUCUUCCUGCUCAGCACCUUGGCCAUGCUCUGGCGCCGCCGAUUCGCCAACAGGGUCCAACCAGAGCCCAGUGGAGGAGAGGGGGCAGUUGUGGGCAGCAGCUUGGAAACAGACCUCCAGUCCUCAGGCAGGGAGAAAGAACCGCUGAAGUAAGCCCUCGCCUCUUCAGGAGGAGCUCAGCCCCAGGGCCUGGGAUCAGCUGGCAGCUCACGUCCUGGUGUGCCCCCCACCCCCGAAGGACGCCGUGGUGGAAGGAGCUGCAGGAGGGAGACUGGGGAAAGCAGCUGUUGAGAAGAGGUCACCCUG